GCCAAUUCUUGCUUCACAUUGUGUUUGAGGCGGCAUUUGUGGAAGUGGUCAAUUUUUGUCGUCUAUAGUUAUUAAACUGAUACAUUAUCAUAAUGGAGGGCUUCGAUGACGCUGGCGUAUUUUUCUCCGACAAUUUUGGAAAUGAUCAGACCCCAGAUGGCGCCCAAAUAAACUUACAAGCCGUGAAAAAAAAGUAUAAAGAGUUCAUUCGUACCUUUAAUGAAGACAAUUUUUUCUAUAAAUAUCGAGACAAUUUAAAGCGGAACUAUCUUAAUGGACGCUACUUUCUGGAGGUUGAAAUGGAGGAUGUGGUGGGUUUUGAUGAGACGCUUGCCGACAAGUUAAAUAAACAGCCCACUGAGCACUUGCAAAUCUUUGAAGAGGCUGCCCGUGAAGUAGCUGAUGAAAUUACAGCACCUCGUCCCGAGCAUGAAGAACACAUGCACGACGUUCAAAUACUGCUUAUGUCAAGUGCGAAUCCCACAAAUAUACGUGAACUGAAGUCGGAUAGUGUAUCGCGUUUGGUUAAAAUUGCCGGUAUAAUAGUUGCCGCUUCAGGCAUUCAGGCAAAGGCAACGCGAAUGUCGAUUAUGUGUCGGUCAUGUAGUACUGUUAUACCGAACCUGAAAAUCAAUCCUGGACUUGAAGGGUAUGCUCUGCCACGAAAGUGUACUACCGAACAGGCCGGCAGGCCCAAAUGUCCUUUGGAUCCCUUCUUCAUAAUGCCGGACAAAUGUAAGUGCGUUGAUUUUCAAACUCUCAAGCUUCAAGAGCUGCCAGAUUUCGUGCCGCAAGGAGAGAUUCCACGCCAUUUGCAAUUGUUUUGCGAUCGCUCACUUUGCGAACGUGUUGUUCCCGGCAAUCGAGUGCUUAUACAAGGGGUUUAUUCAAUACGUAAGGUUGGUAAACCGUCGCGACAAGAUGGUCGCGAGAAGGCUGUUCUCGGAGUGCGUGCGCCAUAUAUGCGCGUGGUUGGCAUAACCGUUGAUGCAGAAGGAGCAGGUGCAGUUUCGCGUUAUACUAACAUAUCCACGGAAGAGGAGGAGAACUUCCGGCGCAUCGCCGCUUCAUCAGAUAUUUAUGAUCGUCUCUCAAAAUCCUUGGCACCGAGCAUAUUUGGUUCCGACGACAUUAAAAAGGCCAUAACUUGCAUGUUAUUUGGAGGCUCACGAAAACGUCUCCCCGACGGACUUUGUCGUCGUGGCGAUAUUAAUGUGUUGCUUUUGGGCGAUCCAGGUACCGCUAAGUCGCAGCUUCUAAAGUUUGUUGAAAAAGUAGCUCCCAUUGGGGUGUACACAUCUGGAAAGGGCUCAAGCGCAGCUGGUCUUACGGCAUCCGUUAUGAAGGAUCCGCACACACGUAAUUUCAUUAUGGAAGGUGGAGCUAUGGUUCUAGCUGAUGGUGGCGUAGUUUGCAUUGAUGAAUUCGACAAAAUGCGUGAGGAUGACCGUGUCGCCAUUCAUGAAGCCAUGGAGCAGCAAACGAUUUCGAUUGCGAAAGCUGGUAUUACAACCACAUUGAAUUCUCGUUGCUCAGUGCUUGCAGCUGCCAACUCUAUAUUCGGUCGCUGGGAUGAUACAAAGGGUGAAGAGAACAUUGACUUCAUGCCGACGAUUCUUUCACGUUUUGACAUGAUCUUUAUCGUGAAAGAUGUGCACGACGAGACUCGAGACAUCACUUUAGCCAAGCACAUAAUAAACGUUCAUUUGAGCUCAAACAAGUCGGCGCCCUUUGAGCCAGAAGAAGGCGAAAUUUCGUUGCCUAUGUUUAAAAAGUACAUCCAUUAUUGUCGCACUCAUUGCGGUCCGCGUCUAAGCGAAGCUGCUGGUGAAAAACUGAAAAGCCGCUACGUUUUAAUGCGAUGUGGUGCUGGCCAGCAGGAAAAGUCGGCGGAUAAACGUCAUUGUAUUCCAAUUACCGUGCGUCAGUUGGAAGCUGUCAUUCGUAUAUCGGAGUCAUUGGCGAAAAUGCGUUUGCUUCCGUUUGUCAUGGAUGACCAUGUAAAUGAAGCACUUCGUCUGUUCCAAGUGUCUACCCUUGAUGCUGCCAUGUCAGGCAGUCUGGCUGGUGCCGAGGGAUUCACCACUGAGGAAGACCAGGAAACUUUAAACCGAAUAGAAAAGCAACUUAAAAGGCGCUUUGCUAUCGGAUCGCAGGUUUCUGAACAAAAUAUUAUGCAGGAUUUCUUGCGUCAAAAAUACGAGGAGCGAACUGUAAUGAAAGUUAUUCAUACGAUGAUUCGCCGCGGGGAGCUUCAACAUAGAAUGCAACGCAAGAUGCUGUAUCGCAUUUGCUGAAAAACACAACUCUUUCAUAUUAUUAAUAUUGAACCAAAAUACAAUUUUUAAUCAGCUUAUUAAACAA